AUGGGAGACAGGCUGCCGGAGCCUCACGCCAGCUCUUCCCCUGCUGUGGCUGCCAGCUCGGAGGCGGAAGAAAUCGAGGUGCUGGACUCCGAAGAUGUCCUACCUAUGGCCGCAGAGGAUCACUGGAAAGCCCUAUUUGAUCAGAAAGAUAGCUGUUCCGGCAGGCAGGCACUAAAGCAAGAGGAGAGCAGCUGGGAUGGAGCAGAAGUCAGGAAGCAGGCUGAAAUGUUUGAUCCUGACAACACUGGCUACAUCAGCACUGAGAAGUUCCGCUCCCUUCUCCAGAGGCACGGCUCGGAGCUGGACCCCCACAAGCUGGAGGUCCUGCUAGCCCUGGCAGACAGCAACUCUGAGGGGAGGAUCUGCUACCAGGACUUCGUCAACCUGAUGAGCAACAAAAGGUCGAACAGUUUCCGCCAAGCCAUCCUGCAGGGGAACAGGAGGCUGUGCAGCAAGGCCCUGCUGGAGGAGACGGGGCUGAGCCUCUCGCAGAGGCUGAUCCGGCACGUGGCGUACGAGACCCUCCCGCGGGAGAUCGACCGCAAGUGGUACUAUGACAGCUACACCUGCUGCCCCCCGCCCUGGUUCAUGAUCACCAUCACUAUUGUAGAGGUUGCCUUUUUUCUUUAUAACGGAGUGGUCUUAGACAGAUUUGUGCUGCAAGUCAGCCACCCCUUGUACCUGAAGAAUGCGUUACUGUACCAUCCCCAGCUUCGGGCCCAGGCUUGGAGGUACCUAACCUACAUAUUCAUGCAUGCAGGGAUAGAACACCUUGGGCUCAAUGUUGUCCUUCAGCUCUUGGUUGGGGUUCCUCUGGAAAUGGUGCACGGAGCUGCGAGGAUCAGUUUUGUGUACGUUGCAGGAGUUGUGGCAGGGUCCCUGGCAGUGUCAGUGGCUGACAUGAGGGCGCCGGUGGUGGGCUCCUCUGGAGGUGUGUAUGCUCUUGUCUCUGCUCACCUGGCCAAUAUUGUGAUGAACUGGUCAGGAAUGAAGUGCCAAUUCAAGCUGCUGCGCAUGGCUGUUGCCUUGAUCUGUAUGAGCUUUGAAUUUGGAAGAGCCGUGUGGCUGCGAUUCCACCCCUCCGCUUACCCCCCAUGCCCCCACCCCAGCUUCAUGGCUCACCUGGGAGGGGUGAUGGUUGGAAUCACCCUUGGUGUUAUCAUCCUGAGGAACUAUGAGCAGAGACUCCAAGAUCAGACUUUAUGGUGGAUCUUCCUUUCUAUUUACGUCAUUUUUGUCUUGUUUGCCAUCUUCUGGAAUAUUUUUGCCUACAGUCUGUUGGAUCUAAAGCUACCUCCCCCUCCUUGA